GUGCCUGUGGGGGAUGAUUGCUCCUUUCCACCAGCCUCAUCUGCACUCCUCCGUGACUCUUCUGCUGUGCCUUUUCUCUCCAGUGACCGAGUCCAGGUUUCCUUGUGGCUCUUGGAAAAAUGGCUGCAGGAUUUUUUUUCAUCUUCUGCAUGAGCUUCUUCUCCACCAGAUGUGUACGCCAGUUCUGUUUACCAAGGAGUUGCGAAAACUUCCCUCUGUGCCAUUCAUAUGAGGAGCAGCUUUAGUUCGUAGCCUGUGUGGGAGGGAACUGUCUUCACAUCUGAAACCCGCUGCUCUCAGGCUUGUGCUUCCCUGUUUGUGUCUGAUAAGUGAGAUUGCUGCUGCUGGGCACCACAGCAACAUGACCUCCUCAAUGCCACUGCUGGAUCCUUAGACAAAAGUUUCCUCCCUGUUGACGCCAUCCUAAGCUAGCCAGAGCCCAGAGGUGGAAAGAUUUAUAACUUUUUAUUAAAAUAAGUGCAUUAGAAACUCCAGAAGGCCCCCAGUGUCUGAAGUUCUCUUUUUUAUAACGACAAAAGGACUCUAAAUACAGGCAACUUUUAUCUUCUGAGCAAUGCACACUUAAAGGAUCUGAAAACGUAACCCCUUACACCAUUGUGUCGUGGCAGGACAGGCCCUGUUAAUGCUGCAGAAUCAUUUGGGAGACGGACUGAAGAAAACCUCCAGCUGAAACUGAGAGAAUGGAAGUUUGUCAGUUAAGGUGCCAAAAGAAAUGGGGAGCAGCAACACUGAGAAGUUUUAUAGGAUCCCUGAAGGAAAAGGACCGCACUCUGUUGGAUGUACAGACCUGAUGACUGAAAAUGCAGCUGAGGGAAGUUUUUUGCGCCUGUAUUAUCCAUCAUGCGAUGCCACAGAAAAUGAAGAGGCACCAUGGAUUCCAGAUAAAGAAUAUUAUCACGGACUUUGUGACUUCCUUAACAUGUACCGAAUUGUGGGAGAAAGGCUUUUCCAAUACUAUGUUGGUUCAGUGACCUGUCCUGCAAAAUCAAAUGCUGCUUUCAAGUCCGGAGAAAAAUACCCACUCCUUGUUUUUUCCCAUGGACUCGGAGCUUUUCGGACUAUCUAUUCUGCUAUUUGCAUUGAGAUGGCUUCUCAAGGUUUUAUAGUUGCUGCUGUGGAACACAGAGAUGAAUCAGCUUCAGCAACAUACUACUGUAAAAGAAAGUCUGUUUCUGAGCCACAGGAAGAGUCUACAUCGAACAUGGAGAAGGAGUGGAUCUACUACAGGAAACUAAAGUCUGGAGAGGAAGAACGUUCUUUGCGUCACAAACAGGUGCAACAGAGAGCACAGGAGUGUAUCAAAGCCCUCAACGUAAUUCUUGAAAUUAAUUCAGGAGAGGAAGUAAUGAAUGUACUUAAUUCAGACUUUGACUGGAAUCUCCUAAAGGAUUCUGUUGAUACUAGCAGAAUAGCUGUGAUGGGACACUCUUUUGGUGGUGCUACAGUUAUAGAGAGUCUCAGCAAAGAAAUUAGAUUCAGGUGUGGCAUUGCACUGGAUGCUUGGAUGCUUCCAGUAGGUGAGGACAUUUACCAAAACAGUGUUCAACAACCACUGCUUUUUAUCAACUCUGAAAAAUUCCAGUGGGCUGAUAACAUCUUAAAGAUGAAGAAGCUUGGCUCCAAUGAUACAAACAAGAAAAUGAUCACUAUCAAAGGGUCAGUACAUCAGAGCUUUCCUGACUUUACCUUUGUGAGUGGAGAACUUGUUGGAAGAUUUUUCAAAUUAAAAGGAGAAAUAGAUCCGAAUGAAGCUAUUGAUAUUAGCAAUCAUGCUUCAUUAGCCUUCCUGCAGAAACAUUUGAGUCUGAGAAGGGACUUCAGUAAGUGGGAUUCUCUUGUGGAUGGCAUAGGGCUCAAUGUUAUUCCUGGCACCAAUAUUGAUUUGUCUCCAGCUCAACCUGAAUAACUAAUACAAAGAAGUCUGUAAAUGCCACGGACGUUGUGACACUAAUACUGGCCAGAUAUUACUGAGCUAUAGGGUAGUGUUGGUCACCUACACAGCUUUUGGGGUGUGGAACGAAAAAGGAUAAUGCAUCAGGCUACACUGUUAAAAUGUAAAAAGGUUUUUAAUUCAGAUGAAUUAAUGGAAUUCUUUGAAAUACUGUAACAGGAUAACUUGUGCUUUCUAGGAAGCUGUAAAUAAGUCAUUUCAGGUGGCAACUUAAACAUUCCUCCUGGUUUUGACUUAAAACCAAGUUUACAAAGAUAGGCUAAGUAUCAAGGAAUUCAACUAAAACCAAGCUUCAAGUCAGUUUGCAUCCAGCAAGCCUUUUUCAAUAACAACUGAAAGAGACUUUCUUCAAACUAUCUGAAGUAUUUCAGCUAUGCUCUGGCAACAACUGCAAGUAAGAGCAGGUUUUUGCUCCUUCAAGCUAGCCAUCUGCUAGUGGAAGAAGCUCUCCAAAACUGCCAUCAUAAAAGUUGCAAUGAAAGCCAGAGAUUAUAGUUUAGGAUAACAAGAGAGGGGAGUUUCUGUUCUGACAUACAACUUUUCACAUGAACUUAGUCCACCUCCAUUUUCCAAGAUCUGUGUUUACUGCUAUAUUCAGAGUGUUUCCCUUCCAAAAGCUGCUAAAAUGGCCAGUCCUGUUGUAGCUACCAUUACUCUCUUCAGGCAGAGCUUUAAGCAGGGCCCUCCUUGUUAAUCUUUCCUCAUGUCAGCAAUACUACUGUAGACAGUAUGGAAGAGACAUCCCUCACUUCCAUUGUCCCUAUUAAGAAAAGGGGUAUGUGAUGCCCCGGUCAGAUUGCUUGACCACCUUGAUGUUACAGUACUCCACGUCCUUAGCCCUAGUUAAAGUAUUAGCAUUGCUGUCUGUAUCUGUGUGAAGUAGAAGGAGUUGGCUUUGCUAAUAGCUAAAGCAAGGUUCUGGUUCUUGGGAUGAGAUUCUCUGAAGCCACCAGGAUGAAGAAUGACUGCUAAGUGAAUAAGCCUUGCAAAAGGGGGACUACAUCUAACUGUAGCCUACUUGCUUCAAAGUAAGACUACAGACAAAAAUAGAACUGGAACAAGCAACACAGGUAACCUAAGUUAAUGUAGUGAAAUAUUUAUAUAGUCUGCGAUCUUAACAUGAGACUACAACAACAUUCAAGGUCUGUUUUUCAGAAUUUACUUUCUUAAUUAAAUUCUUUCCACCCUA